AUGGAAGAACAGUUACUUAAAAGAGAACCACAGGAGGUUAUACAACCUAUAGAAUCUGCUGGGAGCGCAAAGUCGGACGCCGAACUGCAGGAAAUGUUUGACAAGAUUAAAACACAUUUUCCGCCGGCGAAGGUGAAAAAAAUAAUGCAGACCGAUGAAGAUAUAGGUAAAGUAUCUCAGGCAACGCCCGUAAUUGCUGGCAGGUCACUGGAGUUCUUCAUUGCCCUCUUGGUGAAGAGAAGUAGCGACGUCGCCAAACAAAUGGGGUGUAAGAGAAUUAGUGGUGAAGUAAUGAAGAAAACAAUAUUAAAAGACGAAAGGUUUGAUUUUUUGAGGGAAAAUGUAUGUGGUGAGACGGGAGAAGAGGAGGAACAAGAUGAUUCACCAGUUGAUGAAUGA